AUGAACAUUCUUUUAUUAAUAUUUCUUUUUGGAAAUAUAUUUUCAAUCAAAGCAAAAGAAUUUUCGUGUAAUACAAAUCGAUCGUGUGGUUGUGGAAAAAGAAAUGUUGAAUAUAGUGCAGAAUCUAAACCAUCCAGUUGGCCAAUGAUUGUGUCGGUUCAGUAUGAUUAUUCACAUGUUUGUGAAGGAUCGAUUUUAGCUGAUUCAUUUAUUUUAACAUCGGCGAAUUGUGUUCGACGAUUUUUAAGAGAUGUUAAACAUAGAAAAGUAAGUAUUCUUGUUGAAAUAUCUGAAGAAUUCCAACGAAUAACAAUUGAUAAUGUAAUAAUUCAUCCAAAUUGGAAUGGAUAUGAAAACGAUAUUGCUUUACUUCAUUUAUCUCGAUCAUUACCAUCAACAAGUCGAACAUGUCUUUCGAGUCAAAAUCCAUCGGUUGGUGAUACAAGUUUGGUCAUUGUUCAAUGGAAUUCAAAUAAUCCACAUAUUUUACGACAAAGAUUUGUUUCAUUUACUGAACAUAAUUAUACAAAUUGUAAUAAUUCAAAUCAACAGUUCUGCGUACAUUUAAGAACUAUCACUGAAAAUACUUGUUAUGACAUACUCUACAGUCCAGUAUUUCAAUGGUUUGAUGAUCAUUGGGAACAAGUUGGCAUUUCAUCAUUUCCAUCGAUUACCUGCAAAACGAAUUCGAUUCUAAGCUCUACUCGAAUUGCUUAUUAUCGACAAUGGAUUGAAGAAAAUUUAAAAACGAAUAACAAAAUGCUAAGAAGAAACGAAAAUUCUCCAACGAUCACAUACCGAUGUGGCCGUCGGGAAAACACAUGUGGUUGUGGUUCUGUAAAUGCUGAAUUUAUUGAGGAAAACGGACAUCCAGCCAAACCUCUUAGUUGGCCAAUGAUUGUUUCAAUUCGUCUAAACAGGAAACAUUUAUGCAGUGGUUCGAUAUUAAAUGAUUCGUUCAUCUUAACAUCUGCUUCAUGUAUUGCAAAUAUAUCUAUAAUUGGCCUAACUAUUAUAGCUGGUGUUCACAAUCUUUCUUCAGAAAAUUUCGGAAUUCUUCGAAAAGUUGAUCGAGUAUUUGUUCAUCCAGGUUAUCUGGGAAUAUUCAAUGAUUACAUCAAUGAUAUUUCUAUUUUACAUAUAUCGGAACCGUUUGAUUUAGACGAUAAUACAUUAAUUAAACAAACAUGUUUAGUAGAAAAAAUUUCUCCGACAUCGCCAUCAUAUUUCUAUCCAUAUACGGACGAUAAAUUAGCAUUGAUCGGAUGGGGAACAAUGAAUUGCGACAAGAAAAAUGAAAAUAACUCUCUUCAACAAAUUUUAGUGUAUACAGGAAGGCCUUCUAACAAAAAUUGCUAUAUAUUAGAAGAACAUACAUCUGCGCAAUUUUGUGCUGGACUUGCGAAUCAAACUUCAGUUUCUUGUGUUGCCGAUCCGGGGAGUCCAAUAUUUCAAUGGGACUAUGAUCGUUGGGUACAAGUUGGAAUUGCUUCAUAUGUGAUCGAUUGUUUACCAUUCAGAAACUUACCACUUUACACAAGAACUAUUGAAUAUAACGAAUGGAUUUCUUCAAUUGUAAAUGAUUGUCCAACACAACCGAUUGAAACAAUGACGAAACUUCCGAUAACAUAUUCAUGUGAUUCGACACUGUCAUGUGGUUGUAGCUCUUCUCCUGUUAGUUUGACUCCAGUACGUAUUAUUGGUGGAGAGAAUGCAAUUGAAUCAAGUUGGUCAAUGAUUGUUUCAUUGAGAUUAAACGGAAAUGAUGAACACAUGUGUGGUGCAAGUAUUUUAUCUAAUUCAUAUAUUCUAACAGCAGCUCAUUGUAUUAUGCAUGAUCCACUGCUUUCUUCGAUGAAUUUAACAAUGGUAGAUAAUGCAACAAUUGCUGUUGGAAUGACAAAUAUUUCCGAUCCAAGUCAAAUUAUACGUUCAGUUGAUAAAUUUUAUGUUCAUCCAGAAUAUAUUGGUAGACGAGAUGGAUAUCGUCAUGAUAUAGCUGUUUUACAUUUAAAUCAAUCAUUGAGUAUUGGUGUCGAUAAUCCCUUAUUAAGAAAAACAUGUAUUCAUCGUGUUGAUCCGCCAUUAAUAAGUCAUGAGUAUAUUAAAAAUGGUACUCGACUGAGUGUUAUUGGAUGGGGAACUACAGUAUCGGGUGAAGAUAAAAGUCCGAUAAUUCUUCAACAAACAGAAGUUUUUGCAAUGGAUAAUGAUGAUCUCAUAUGUACAGAUGCAAUGGAUGAUCCACAUACACAAUUUUGUGCAGGAUUAUAUGAGGGUGGAAAAGAUUCUUGUCAAGGUGAUUCAGGUGGACCCAUAUUUCACUGGACAGGAAAAUAUUGGGAACAAGUUGGUAUUGUUUCACACGGGCGUGGUUGUGCUGUUGCUGGUAGUCCGGGUAUUUAUACAAGAUUAUCAUAUUAUUAUGAUUGGAUUAAUGAUAUUCUUAAAACAAAUGAUGAAUAUAUAGAACCAGAGAUAAUUUCAACAAAUAAAUCUUCUACGGUAACAAUUAUUUAUUCUUCUGUUACAACCACUUCUACAAUAUUUAUAACAUCAAAUCAUAGUAUUUACGAUACAUCGUCAACAACAACAGACAAUAAAAGAAAUAGUGCGUACAGAUUUGAAAUAAAUCUUUUUCUUUGCGUCAUAUUUUUAUUUUUAUUUUAA